AAGAAGAAAAUAGGAGUAAAAUACUUCAAUUUUAUAACCAAAGGAAAAAAAAAAAGAAAAAGGAAAAAAACAGGAAAAGGAGCUGUUAUUGAACGCAACAGCGGCAAGGCUUCGUUGGAUCAAAUCGAAGCUGCGAUACCAUUUUCUCUCUCCUCUCUUCUUCCCCACUUUCUUUCUGCAAUUUUUUUUUUUUUUUUGUUUUUUUUUUUUUGGAUUUUCCUCAUAAUUUCCCCCUUUUCCAUUUCAAUUUCAUAAAUAAAUUCAUCCCUUAAUUUUUUUUUAGGCUGAGGAAAAUAAAAUUUCGAUUUUAAGAAAAAUUUGGGAGGGAGAAAAUUAAGGGAAUUAAAAUACGGAGUAUACAGAAUUUAAUUCCUUCCCUUUUUUUUUUAAAAAAAAAAUUAAUUACUCCGUAUUAAUUUAUUUAAUAAGUAAUUCCCUUUUGUUUUCAAUGGGGGUUACCUUCCAAUUUUCUCUUCAUUUCCAUAACCAAACACAAAAACCCAAUUAGGGUUUGUUCGUCGAUUGAUUAUUUUUCCUUUAUUUUUUUUUUAAAAUUUUUGAAAAAUUUCCUGGAAUAUUGAUUCAAUUUUACAUGGAACCUCGAGUUGGUAACAAGUUUCGGCUUGGUCGGAAGAUCGGCAGUGGUUCCUUUGGAGAGAUCUACCUUGGUACCAAUGUACAAACCAAUGAGGAGGUGGCAAUCAAGCUUGAAAACGUGAAAACAAAGCAUCCUCAACUGCUUUAUGAGUCCAAAUUGUACAAAAUUCUGCAAGGAGGAACUGGAAUUCCUAACGUAAGAUGGUUUGGUGUUGAAGGAGACUAUAAUGUUUUAGUCAUAGAUCUACUUGGGCCCAGCUUAGAAGAUUUAUUCAAUUUCUGUAGUAGGAAGUUUUCACUGAAGACUGUUCUUAUGCUUGCUGAUCAGAUGAUCAAUCGAGUUGAAUUUGUUCAUUCUAAAUCAUUUUUGCAUCGAGAUAUUAAGCCAGACAACUUCCUCAUGGGAUUAGGACGACGUGCAAAUCAGGUUUACAUGAUUGAUUUUGGUCUAGCAAAGAAGUAUAGAGACAGUACAACCCAUCAACAUAUUCCUUACAGGGAGAACAAGAAUUUGACUGGGACUGCUAGAUAUGCAAGCAUGAACACUCACUUAGGAAUCGAACAAAGCCGGAGGGAUGACUUAGAAUCACUGGGUUAUGUUCUUAUGUAUUUUUUAAGAGGAAGUCUCCCCUGGCAGGGGCUGAAAGCGGGGACCAAGAAACAGAAGUAUGAAAAAAUUAGUGAGAAAAAGGUCUCGACAUCUAUUGAGGCUCUAUGUCGAGGUUAUCCAACAGAAUUUGCAUCCUACUUCCAUUAUUGCCGUUCACUGCGGUUUGAUGAUAAGCCAGAUUAUGCCUAUCUGAAAAGGAUCUUUCGUGACCUCUUUAUUCGUGAAGGAUUUCAGUUUGAUUAUGUCUUUGAUUGGACUAUUCUGAAGUAUCAGCAAUCUCAGAUUGUUGCUCCCCCUCCACGCGCCCUUGGUGCUGCUGGACCAAGCUCUGGGUUGCUUCAUGGCGCUAGUGACAGACAACCUGGUGCUGAGGAAGGUAGACCUUCUAACUGGCUUUCUGCAGACUCAGCACGUAGGAGAAUGCCGAGUUUGCCUAAGCAGAAAAGUCCUGUUGGAAAUGAUCCGGCUGCAGCCAAAGAACCCAUGCUUUCUAGCUCUGCUGUGAGAACAAGCACAUCAGCAAGGCGUGCUGCAGGGUCAAGUAGUCGGGAUGCAGUGUUUGCUGGGAGUGAUGCGGAUGCCACUCGCCCUGGUUCUGGGGAUCCUACUCUUCAGAAAGUUUCAAGUGGGCACCGUAUAUCUCCAUUUGUGUCAUCAGAGCAUCCUCGUUCAUUUUCUGCCAGGGUAGCGUCAAAUGAACAAAAUCUUGAAUCUACCAUCAAGAAAAUCGAGGGCCUUAAUGUUAGCAACGAAGAGAGGCUGCAGUAACAAGUAUCUGCACAAAGCUUUUUUAGACGUCACUUUCCCCAAUGUAAAUCUCAAAUAUCAGUCUGUUUUAUGGACCAUAAGUGUUUUUCUUUCUUUUUUCCCCCCACUUUUAAAUUUAGGUUCUGCUGGCUGUUCUUUUUCUUUCCCUCUUAUUGUUUUUUAAAUUUUUUAGGACAGGCGAAAGCCAGAAAAUUGAAGGCAUGAAACCAGAAGAGGUAAGUACUGUGGAAGCACCUGUAAGGAAGUUUUAAUAGUCCCCUUUAAUUGAGGUGGAAUGCAGAAUAUUUACGUCUUGGUCAAAUCAUUUUCA